AUGGAGACAUACUACGGGCACGUCCGCACCCCCGCGGACGCUAUUAUUCUGUUUGAAGCUUGUCGGAUCGGCUUAUUACCUCGUGUGCAACGGCGACUUUCAGAAAAAGAACGACAAUCAAUCAGAUCCGGCUCGGUCUUUGUUUGGGAUGAGCGUGAAGCUGGGAUGCGGCGAUGGACCGACGGGAAAUCAUGGAGUGCGAGCCGUGUGUCGGGAAGCUUCUUGACAUACCGUGAGAUGGAGGGCAAGCGUGGUGGUGGCAGUGUCUCCCAGGGCUCGUCUGCGCGCUCGGGGAAAACACCGGAGAGCCGCGGUAGUGACGAUGAUCGGGGCGAUGGGACCGACGAGGGACCAGACGGAUACCGUUACAAACCAGAUGGCUUGAUGAAGCAAUCUUUUAGUAUCACAACAUCUAAUGGUCAACACCUACACCUGAUCAGCUAUUAUUCCCGCUCUCACCCCUCCGCCGCCAACCUGCAACAACCGACAUCGGACCCUGCACUGCGCCACGUUCGCCCGCAGAAAGGUCUCUACCCAGAGUCAACAGUCAAUGACCAACAAAACCUCCCGGUCGUUACUCGUGGACCUAUGGCAGGCGCAGCAUACCCGAUCACUCCUCACCCUAUGGGUGGAUACCCACGCGCAACGCAUGCGCAACAAUAUCCGCCUGCCUACGCAUGGCCACCCACCCCUCUCGCUACGCCGCCGACGGUCUCGGUGCAAUAUGGCCACGGCCCCGGUCCUGGCUACCUGCCUCAAGUAGCACCAAACGGCCCUCCUGCCUACGGCCAACAUCAACCCCCACAUCAACUCCCAGGUGGACUCCCGCCUCCUCCGCACCCAUACGAGCGACAACACCCCAUGGAAUCGGUACUGCCCCCUGCCGGUCCCCCACAACAACCGCCUAGCUACAUGAGUCGGUCACCUCGAUCAUUACACGACCACGCACAGGAGCAGCGAAGCCCACCGGUCUACGGACAUGCCCUGGUUGACCCUCGCAUGGCCUCACCGCGGGUCUCAGUACAGUCCUUGGCGCCAAACGGCCAGAACCAGAGCCCUCAUCUCGCAAAACAAGACCAACCCGUGCUGCACGCUCUCAACCCCAUCGCCUCCUCACCGAAAACCACCCCCUCCGCAACCGCCGGCAAUGCUGUCCCUGGCAUCACAUCCCUAGUGAACGGCGCCGCUCUUGCCCCCCCUUUCCGCAUCCACUCCCACCGGCGGUCCGAUUCAAAGUCCGAACGGGGCUCCUACGCCAGGCCCUACCGCUCAAGGACCUCGUGA